AUGUAAGAUUGUCAUAAGUCUUAAAAGAUAGCUAUAUGUAUGGUUGGAUUGCCAGCGAGAGGGAAAACCUAUAUUUCUCGGAAACUCCAUAGAUAUUUAAAUUGGUUAGGUUAUAAUUGUAAGGUGUUCAACAUUGGAAAUUAUCGAAGGGAAAUCUGUGGAACUGAAUGUGACAAGACCUUCUUUGAUUCAAAAAAUGAACAAGUAUAUUGAGCAUUAAUUAGGCAACUAAAGCAAGAAAUGAGUGUGCUUAGAUGGCAUUGAAUGAUUUGAUCAGCUAUUUAAAUGGCGAUGGAGAGAUUGCUAUUUUUGAUGGGACCAACACAACAAAGUAGAGGAGGAAUAUGGUUUAAUGCUCAUUAUCACAAUAAUGCCAAAAUGUACAGACUCUUUGGAUUGAAUCAAUUUGUGAUGACGCCGAGGUGAUUCAAAAUAAUAUCAGAUUAACUAAGCUUAAUAAUCCUGAUUAUGUUUCAAUGAAUCCUGAGGAUGCCACAAAGGAUUUCUUAGGAAGAAUUAGAAUGUAUGAGGAAGUGUAUCAAAAGAUAGAACUAGACGAGAAUUUAUCAUUUAUCAAAUUAAUUAAUAUCGGUGAAGAUGUAUCAUAUUGAUUCAUUAAUAGAUUUAAAUCCACAAAGUUAAAGGCUAUUUGUUAUCCAAAAUCAUUUCAUAUUUGAUGAAUCUCCACAUAUAUCCCAGACCAAUUUAUUUGACUAGACAUGGUGGGAGCACAUUUAAUUAAGAAAACAGAGUGGGUGGAGAUUGUGAUUUAUCCCAAUAAGGAAUUCAAUAUUCAGAAUAACUGGGGAAGUUUUUGCUUGAUGAAUUUCCCACUUAGGAACAGAGGAAUCAAAUUCAUUGCUUGACUUCCACAAUGAAGAGAGCAACUCAUACAGCUGACAUUGUUUGCAACAUUCUCAAGAUAAGCUAUUUGUAAUUAAAGACUUUGGAUGAAAUAAAUGUGGGCAUUUGCGAUGGCUUAACUUAUACUUAAAUUGCAAUUUAAUUUCCUGAAGACUUUGCUGUAUCUUUUGUAAUAUUAACUCCAUUAGUAAAGAAAAGUGAACAAAUUAACCUACAGGUAUCCCAGAGGAGAAUCCUAUUUAGAUUUGAUUAGUAGGAUAGAACCAAUUAUCUAUGAAAUUGAGAGAUCUCGAGAACCUGUAUUAGUUAUAGGACAUCAAGCCAUUUUAAGAUGUCUCUAUGCCUAUUUCCAUCGAAAUGAGAUCUCAGAAGUACCUCAAUUAGAGAUUCCAAUACAUGCAAUUAUAAAAUUAACUCCAGCUGCAUAUUAUUGUGAAGAGAUAAGAAUCAAAAUUGAUCCAGAAACUGGAGAGAGAAAAUAAAUAGAAGAAGAUCUUCAAAUUGAAAGAGUCAAUUUGUUAACUAAGAAAAAGAGUUACAUCUUAUUAUGA